AACUCAACAAUGGGUGUUCCCGCAUUCUUUCGUUGGCUCACCAGAAAAUAUCCUUCAAUCAUAGUAAAUGCCAACGAAGAGCGUCAAAGAAAUGCCGACGGGACGAAAAUUCCCAUAGAUGCAACAAAACCUAACCCUAACUUUCAGGAAUUUGACAAUCUGUACCUUGACAUGAACGGGAUCAUUCACCCUUGCACGCAUCCGGAGGAUCGCCCAGCUCCGGCCAACGAAGACGAAAUGUUUGCCCUCAUCUUCGAAUAUAUCGACAGAAUAUUCUCCAUCGUUCGCCCUCGGAAGUUGCUAUAUAUGGCAAUUGACGGCGUUGCUCCCAGAGCAAAAAUGAAUCAGCAACGUAGCAGGCGCUUUCGAGCUUCUAAAGAGGCAUGGGAAAAGGCUGAGUCGAUUGAAGAGCAACGUCGUCGUUUAGAAGAAGAAGGGGUGCCGCUACCACCAAGAAAAACAGAUGAAUCUCAUUUCGACAGCAACUGCAUUACCCCUGGAACACCUUUUAUGGCCAGAUUGGCAGAGGUGUUGAGGUACUACAUCCAUGAUAGAAUAACCACAGAUCCCGCGUGGGCUAAAAUUCAGGUGAUCCUAUCGGAUGCCAACGCUCCUGGAGAAGGUGAGCAUAAAAUCAUGGAUUUCAUCCGUAAACAACGUUCGAAUCCUGCACAUAAUCCGGAUACUGUUCAUUGCCUUUGUGGGGCAGACGCUGAUCUCAUUAUGUUAGGUUUAGCAACCCAUGAAGCUAACUUUAAUAUUAUACGUGAGGAGUUCAUUCCGAAUCAACAACGUCCUUGCGAUCUCUGUGGCCAGUAUGGGCAUGAGCUGAAAGAGUGUAGAGGGCUCGAAAACGAGGAGAAAGGCCCCGAACACGCUGAUCCCAUAUCAAAAGAGAAGAACUUCAUUUUCCUCCGUAUCCCUGUUUUACGGGAAUAUCUUGAGAGGGAUAUGGCAAUGGAAAACCUUCCUUUUAAAUAUGAUUUCGAACGCGUCAUCGAUGACUGGGUUUUCCUCUGUUUCUUCGUCGGGAACGACUUUUUACCACAUCUACCCUCUCUCGAAAUACGAGAAGGCGCUAUUGAUCGUUUGAUAAAGUUGUACAAGGAUAUGGUGUACACAAUGAAAGGGUAUUUGACCAAAGACGGGAACGUUUAUAUGGAUAGAGUAGAGCGGAUUAUGCUUGGUCUCGGAGAAGUAGAAGAUGAAAUUUUCAAACGCCGUCAGCAAGAUGAAGAACGGUUCAAAGCAAUCCAGAAGGCAAAGAAGGCCCGUAUGAGUGGGGGGCGUCCGCAAGCACCAUCCUAUGUGCCGAGGGAAGGUUCCUUAAUUGCUCCUCUCUCAAGGGCAACACCAAUGUCAGGAGAGACUACUCGUGCUCUCGCUGCUACUGCACGACAAGAGGCUAUGCAGUACGCGCAGAAUGAGGAAGCUGCUAGGCGCAUGAAGUUGAUGCUAAAAGAAGAAGGGACCAAUUCAAAUACGGGGGACAAUCAAGGAAGUAGGAAAAGAAAAUCGGAGGUUUGCUCUCCUUACAAAAUGAUUUUUCGAGCAAAUUCAGAUUGUUCAAAAUUCGCAUUCUUUUAUUCACCUUUUGCAAAAUCGCAUGGAGUUGCCACCCCAAUCAUCUUGCAAAUAUUUUCGCGUUUUACGAUCGAAAUAGCACACAGAUUACAAUAUCAUAUUUGCUGUCCUUACCCUCUAUCGUAUUUCCAGGGACCAAUAGAUCUCGACGACGAGGAACCUAAGGACGAAGUCCGACUAUUCGAAGCUGGUUGGAAAGAUCGCUAUUAUCGAGCAAAGUUCGACGUCGGAGCAGACGAUGUCGAUUUCAGAAGAAAAGUGGCAUGGGCCUACGUCGAAGGUCUUUGUUGGGUGCUGAAAUACUAUUACCAAGGAUGCGUCAGUUGGGAUUGGUAUUUUCCAUAUCACUAUGCACCGUUCGCUAGCGAUUUUGAUACUGUGUCUCAGUUUAAGCCUGAUUUCUCCAAACCUACCAAGCCAUUCAAGCCUUUGGAGCAGCUCAUGAGCGUCUUUCCCGCUGCUAGCAAGCAACAUCUUCCCUUGCACUGGCAGAAAUUAAUGACCGAUGAAGACUCGCCAAUUAUCGAUUUAUAUCCGACAGACUUUCGUAUUGAUCUCAAUGGAAAGAAGUUCGCCUGGCAAGGCGUGGCGCUACUGCCUUUUGUAGAUGAAGUCCGAUUACUCAGAACACUGGAAACGGUGCAACACACGUUGACAGAAGAAGAAAAAGCUCGUAACACCACUGGUCCCAACCGGAUUUUUAUUGGUAAAAAACAUCCAGCUUUCGACUUUUUCAAGGAACUUUACAGCAGCGUCAAUGGAGUAGUGAACUCCGUUGACAUUGAUCCUGCAUUCACUUAUGGUAUGAGUGGUAGAAUCACUGCUGACAAAACGGCUCUCGCACCGGAUUUGCCUUUCCCAUCUCCCGUCAAUGACAAAUCAUGCCCUGAUUUGCCUGUGAAUGGAGCAAUGAUGGUGAUCUAUGAAGAUCCUCAUUAUCCUGAAGGGUUUAUUUUUCCUGCCAAGCGACUGGAGAACGCAAAAGAAAUACCUCGUGCCCUUCGCGAUUACAGUGAUCGUAGGGGUGGCGCUGAUUAUCGUCCACAAAUAGGGUUCACCAGAGAUGUACCACAGCGAGCAAGUCUUGAUCCUUCCGCUCACCGCUUCGUUCAGCACAACGUUCGAUAUGACAACCGUGAUUAUGACAAUCGUAAUAACGAUGGAGCUCGAGGAAGAGGGUAUGAUGGUGGAGGAGGAGGCUACCAAGGAGGUGGUUACAAUCGCGGCGGUUACGGAGGUCAAAACGGACCCUACGUAGCUCGAGGAGGGAGUGGAAUCUACCAAAACCCGUAUGGCCCGAAUCGCGGCGGCUACGACAGUGGCUACAAUGGACCCCAAGCAAGGGGUUUCUCAAGUUCCUUAUACGGCAACCAAGCACUUGGGAGGGGAUACGGAGGAGUCGAUCCAAGAGGACGAGGUGGAGCAUACAAUGGAUCAACUGGACCGCUCCCAUGGCACAGGCAAUCUUAA